CGUUUGACAUUUGCUGAAUGUGUCAUCGUCUCCGCACGUCACUUUCGAUUUUGAUAACAAACUGAGUUGAUAAAAUAUAUUACUGCAAACAUCCGAGUGGGCGUAAUUGUGAAUAACAAUUAAUUAAAGUUAAAUUUAUUUGUGCCCCAAAGAAACGCGAUGGCUAAGAAUACGUCGAGUUCGGCGUUUAGGAAGAUCGACGUCGAUCAGUACUGUGAGGAUAACUUCAAAGAGGACGACUCCGAUGUAGGAGGCCCCACCGGACCGGAUGAAACCGAAGUACUUGGACUUCUCAACAAAGGUCAACACAUAGAAGCUUUAAGGACAGUAUUAAUGAAUGCUCCGCUAGGCUCCAAGAAUCAAUUGGUUAAGGAGAAUGCAUUGAAUUUGACACUGAAGGUGUUGCUCUCCAUUAAAACAUCCCAGAUUGAUGAAGCAAUCAAAGCACUGGGCAAAGAUUAUAUUGAUGUGCUCAUGAAGUAUGUCUACAAGGGCUUUGAAAUGCCCUCAGAGGGAAGCAGCGGACAUCUCCUGGUGUGGCAUGAGAAGGCAUACAAUGUGGGUGGGGUGGGAUCCAUCAUUAGAGUGCUUGCAGACAGUAAACGAGCGUAGCUUAUGUUUUAAUUUAAUUUACAGUCAGAAUAUAUAAAAAAAAGAAACGACCUUGUUUAUAUAUAUAUAAAAAAUAAA